GGUGGCACGGUCCGCCCUGGUCGGCCACAUCCAUGUCCUUUCCUCGUACCUACAGUCGUAAUUCUACCAAAAGGAAACUCAGCGAAGCCAUCGACAGCGAUGAAGAUGUUCCGAAGUGGCGAAGGCGCACCACCCCGCCAACGCCCUCCAAAAUACCGAGAGACUUGUCCCAAAUAUUCGAAACGGCAUCGCCAGCAGUGUCAUCGUCGGGAUCCCCAGGAAAGCUUGCAAGGCGCAUGCUGGGGCGGUCAAAAACGGAGUCCUCAAUAGACAGCACUAGCCGGUCAGGAAAUUCCACACCGAGUCUAGCUCGACGGACGCCUUCGUUGCCAUCCAUUCUCUCGCCGCCGAAACCAACAGUGCCCUUUCCAGAUCUACCACCCCCACAGCCUCGUGCCCCGACAAAACGUACCUAUGCCGGAAAAUCAAGAUCCUUUCUCGUUUCCUUGCCCGUAAAUUCCUCUGCAAAUGGCCUAGGUCUCGAAGAUGAUGACUUUCUCGACCGGGAGUCAUAUUCUUCUCUCCGCUCUCGUUGGGGCGUCGACAUGUCAGAGGACGAUCUGUAUCCUCAGCCUUCCCAAUCGCAGUCGCAUUCUGAUUCCGAUCCUGCGACACCUACCUCGUCUUCCCCCAAAAGGUCCAAGAGCAAAUCGAGAGGCAAGGCCUAUCAUAAUGUUCUCGUCCCUGAACCUCUUCCCAAUGGAAUGAUGAACCCGCUGAAGAGUAUCACGGAGCUCCGGAGCAAGGGAGAGAAUAGAAGAUUCUUGGACGAGGUUGGAUAUCUCAUUGAAGGCAUGGAUAAAGAUGGCGCCGUGGGCUUGCGAAGGGCGAGUGCUUUGGAAAUAGCGACAAAACUCUGCGACUCUGAUUUUACUCGCAAGGCCAAAGCAGCAGACUUUAUCGGUCAAACCUGGGACACCUUCGUCGAUAAUGGUGCAGGAGAUGGGAAAGACCAGAUUUUAGACCUUAUUCUGGCCUUUUUCUCGGCACUCGUCGCUAGAGACGACGUGUCUCUAGCCGAUGUCGCUGAACGCUCCAGUUCGCCAUCCACCAGCUCCGUGCCAACGUCAUAUUUCGCAACAACGCUCUUUGCUAUGCUUGCCUGCCUCACCCCUGAAACCGACCUUUUGUUAAUCAUAGCAGGAAGUUCUCCGGAUAUCCAGCUUCGUAAACUGGGAGUCAAGAAAAACGAACAGAUUUUGUUACGUUCAAUCCACUCAACUAUUUCCUCGUCCUCUCUAUUUGCAGACGGAGUUGCUGUUUCAACAUCUCUGUUAAUAACACAUGCUCUGGCAGCUCUUCCACCUUCGUUUCUGUCUACAGUUCACUUCGCAUCAUUACUCAAGUCGCUUCGUCAUCAUUUGGAUAAACCCUUCCCGUCGACAACUACCCGUUAUGAUAAAAGUAUAGACUUCUCAAGCACUCAUAAUAUCUUGCGACUGUUUGACAGCUUCCUCCUUGGCCAAUGGGCGGGCCCUGGGUACAGUAGUGUUCAGUCAAGAAAUCUUAUUGAGAAAGCGCGAGAUGAUUGGCUCCUUAAUGGGCUAAUCUCUUGUGCAGUCUGCACCGAAAUUGCGAUGAAGAGUUCCAAGUCCGGUAGCAAUGCAGACGUCGACGAUUGCUUAGAUAUGAUAUUUCGCGUUCUGGUUAGCCUCAGUCACAGAGACCAGGACUGGUGCGAGAACGUCCUUGCGCAUCCGUCAGCGCCACUGUUCAUCAUUCGAACAAUCGUCAGGGCCGAUCGCAUACGUCAUGAACGUCAAGGAAAAGCAAAGACGCUGAACGGCAAAACGAACACCGAGGUGAAGAAGGAGGAGAGCGAUAUAGAGCUCGACGACAAAGAAAAUUCUGAGGACGAUAUAUCCCAGGCUCGUGUUCUAGACCGACUCUGCCUUGCGCUCGGCCUUUUCACCAAUCUGGUUCAAGAAGUCGAAGACGCGAAGGAUGUCCUACGGGAUUUGCUCUUUGAUCCUUCCUGUACCUUGACGAAGCCUGCCUGCCUGCAUAAAUGCUGCUGCCGUCACCCCGCCAAUGCGCUUAAUCUCCUGGCUCGAGUUUACCUCCAUCAAGUUCCUAUCUCUGAGGACCCAAAGGUCAAAAUGGAGCGUCAGCCUUCUCCCGCUUUGGGUUCUGAUCCACUGCAAAGCGCGGACGCAUCCUUCCUGCUGGGCCAUCUUUCUGUCCUUUUUGGAUUACUCAUGAAAGGAAACGAAAAGAACCAGACCGUCAUCCUAGAUGGGCUUUGUCCCACCAAGACGACACGUACCGUACAGCUGAACUCCUUGGUAGAACAUGCGGCUGACCUUGCCGCUUUCUAUGCUGUCAUCAAAGGUGGAGAGGCUGAUGGAGAGGGAAACAAAGGGGAAGAUGUCGCGAAGGACGUUAUCAGGUUUCUCCAGGAUCUUCGUGACAAGCAGAAGUAAUAUAUUCUAGUAACUUACCGUACAGAUUUGUGCUACCCUACCCUUGUCAACCCUUUUCUACUCUUAUUUAUCUUGUUGGAAUAAUGAACAAUCUGCAAG